AUGAAAUCGUUCGUGGAGCGUACCCGGCACGACAUCGUCGAAUGGUGGGAACGGUGCAUGAAGUCGGAGGACGAGCGUGCCUGGUUCACCACGUUCCUCUUGCAGGACGUCAACGAGGAUAUGCUGAAGCUGCACGAGCGCGAGCUGGACAGUUUGAAGCAAUUUUACGGCGAGAAUGACCAGAUCUUCCAGAUGGUGCUGCAGCGGCAGGAGAUAUGGGACCGGAUGUUGGCGCUCGAGUACAAAUCGAACGACCCGACGCGCUACAACAACCGGCGCGGCAAGCUGAUGGAGGAGGAAAAGCAUGGGCGUAAGUUCACCGUGUACGGUACGCCGGAGGAGGAGCUGAUCGAAGAGCAGUGGAUGCAGCGGGAGGAGAGUAAGCAUCAACAAUCGAGCGCACGGAAGAAGGCGAAUGGCGUGCUGGGUGUGUCGACGGUCGGGCGCACCUCGAACCGGGUCGCCGAUUUUGAUGGUCAAAUGCUCCUCCAACGGUUCUGGCUGAAGCGCAAGCUGGCCACACCGACCAAUAGCAAGAUGCACGCGAAACCCUUGUUGCUACGGGAGCUAAACAGUCCGGAUGCGGGCGUAAAUCGAACCGAGACGGCGAAGCUUAGCCUCGCGAAAAAUAAAGUCCCCAACAGGUCAUCGGUGGUGUUGAAAAAGCAAAGAACACGCCUGCACCAGCAACGGAUGGUGGAACCGAUCAAACCGCUGCCAUCCGAUACCAGCUUGAUGGAGGGGGAAGAAAACGUAGAGCCAAUGCCACACCUGGCCCCCAUGCUGUCACCGGCACCGAUGAGCUUCUCGCACUCACCUGCUGCUGCUGGGUCGUUGAGCAUGCUGGCACGAUCGCCUGGCGUGGCCAAUUCAACCUCGAUCGGCAAUACUACGUGGGGUGACUGA